AUGUCACAGCGCGCUCCGUCCAAUCAGAUCGCUGAUUUCAACCACAAAAAGUGUUGGACUCUGUACGAGCAGGUCACACAGGCAGAGACUCUUUGUCAUCAUCAUCAUCAUCAUCAUCAUCACUCAGGCUGUCUGAUGGGACUCAGUGAAGGAGAAAUGUCUCAGCGUCAACAUCAGGAGACGAGCGCCGUGCUCAGGGUCUCCAGCCUUCCUCUGGUUCGCUCGGCGCUGCAGUCGAUGACCUUUGUGUACUCAGAGGUCAAAGGUCGUUACCCUCUUCUGCGUCUGAUGGGAGGAGUUGCUGAGGUUGGAAUCCGCAGUGUCUCCCAAGUCGCCAUGACACAAGCCACGCCCCUCCUGCAGAGUCUGGAGCCACAGAUUGAAGUUGCCAACAGUAUGGCUCUGGUUGGUCUCGACCGUCUGGAGAAAAACUUCCCCAUCCUGAACCAAUCAACGGACGAGGUGAUGGGACACCUGAAGGACGCCCUCUUCCUGACGCUGGACGACGUGCAGCUGUGGAUGGUGGACGGGAUGGACGGAGCUCUGGAUCAGCUGGAGCGUCUGUCUGAUGCCGCUCUGACGGCCAUGCGGCAGCUGCAGGACACUCAGGUGGGCCGAGCCGCCACGUCAGGACUGGACGACGUCCUGAGUCGUCUGGAGGACGCCACCGCCUACUACCUGCCCCUCCCCCCCACGCUGCGUCGGGAGUGGGAGAUGAGGGUGCAGGAGUACGAGGAUGAAGAUGAGGACGCAGACGAGCCCAGCCUGUGGACGAGGGUGCGCAGCCUCCUGCUGAACCUCAGCCUGCAGCUUUAUCACCGCAUGAUGAAGGUCAGAGAGCAGCUGCAGAGAGCCGUCAGGGCCAUGGGAGACGCUGCAGACAAGGUGGGCCUGGGUGGAGUCCUGGAUCUGGUUGGUGAGCUGCUGCAGUACCUGCAGCGCCUCCUGGUGGCGCUGGUGUACCGGGCAGAGGGUCUGCGGGAGCUGACAGUGGGCGGAGUCAAACAUCAGGCCGUCAUGUUAGCUGAGCUGCGUCCCGUGCGUCAGAUCAGAGAACUGCCGGUUCAGGUCCAGCAGCUGCUCGGAGACCUGCAGGAACUCUCCAAGCUCCUCCUGCAGCUGGUGAUCAACGCCACGCCGCUCUACACCAUGCUGCAGCAGCCGACGGCUCAGGAGGUGGAGGACUUCCUGAACCAGGAGGACUUCUCGGCUGAGUCUUCGGCUCGUCGCAGCUCUGCUAACAGCCUCUUCCUAAAAGCUAUGGAUGGACGUCCUCGCCGCCGCCGCAGUCUCUACUCCCGUGCUGCCCGGAGCCCCUCUGGCCCCCAGAGCCCAGACCCCACCAACGCCCCCCGCCGCCGCUCCAGCGUGAAGGACCUUCCAGCCAUAGAGCUGGACAGCCUGCAGCUCCCUUCCGAGGUCACUGCGCACCGCCGUCCAUCCGCCACGGAGAUGCUUCUCGCUCCGCUCAAACAGUUUGUCUCCCAGAGCCAGAAGGCGUUCGAGUACUUGAGCCCCAACACCCCCGAGAACGGCACCAGUGCCACCAACGGCACCAACGGCACCGACGACAUGGAAACAGACGACUCUUAAACACCACGCUGACAUCUCUGAUCCAAUCACCACUGCUGGUCCCACCCCCUGACCAAUCACAGAAUCCCGUCUCAUACCCCAACGAUGACACAUUUCUGCCUCAGCUGAUGCUGGUUUGUUCGUACACGUUCAUCAACAGAGCGAUCGGAAAGUUAGUUUAGAUCUCUGAAAAACGAGUCGAUUCAUAAAUCAGGUUUUAUUUUAUUGUAACAGAAACAGGAAAGAUUUAACGACGCCUCGUCAGCUGCGGUUUGACUUUUAGUUUUCAUCAAGAAUUUAUAUAUAAAUUUAUAUUUCAGUCGACUUCAUUAUUAUUAUUAUUAUUAUUAUUAUUAGCAUAUUUUAAAUGUACAGUUUAUAAAAAAUGUUUAUUCCAUAAAAUAUUUACUUUAAAACUCCUCCGAAAACAAAUUAGUGACAAGAUGUGCUGACGUGGUUUUUCCAGUGCUUUCAGUCACAUCUCAUGACCUUCAUCAUCAUUGAGUCUCACAUACAUCUGCUGAGGUCCACGAGACGUGACUGAAAGCUCUGGAAACAAAUUGCUGUUUGACAAAGUUUAUUCAAGCUCAACAUGUUAUUAUGAAAGGCUGUUUCUCUCCUCUGGGCCACCGUACUGAGACAAAGCACGUCGGCUCAGUUUACUGUGAUGAAGAGUUGUUUUUGUUGUUUAGAGAUGUGAUGAAGGUUUUGACAGAAUAGUGAAAGGUGACAGAAUGGUCCUUAAUUAUAUUUGAUCCGACCUGAAUCUGAUGGAUAUCUGAAAUGUUUUUCAGGACUGAAGUUGAACUGAAUUUAAAUAAUUUAACAUAAAGUGUCUGUAACUGACUUUUAGUUCACGUCAGAAAUAUAAGCUCUUACAUUUUCAACAAAUAGAAAUUCAGUCUGUCUGAUUGCUUAUCUAAGAAGCAGCUGUUUGUGUCACCAUGUUUCCCUCCAUAUAAACACUAACGUGUCUCUGUCUGUAUCAACAUACUCUGACGUGUUUAAAUAAAGCUUUGAGCUCUGCAGCUUCACUUUGUUUGUUGCAGAAUUAAAAAAAGAC